AUGGAUUCACUUCAGACCGGACAGAUGCUGAGCGUGACCGCCGAGCUCGGCGGCAACAACUUAGAACUGGCGGAGCCGGCGGCAUCCGCGACCCGCGCAGGCAUGGGCCCCCAGCCGGGGGCGGCUACGGAAGGCUCCGCACCUUUGGCCACUCGGGAGCCGGAGCCGGAGGAGCCGCCUCCGAGUCCCUCGACCCCCGAGUACAAAGUCCUGCUCGAGCAGGCUGACGCCCUGGCGUCCGGGGGCCGCCUCCGGGAAGCCUUCGAGGUGUACCGACAGCUCUCCGAGCGGCAGCAGCUGGUGGCCGAGCAGCUGGAACAACUGGUGCGCUGCCUGGCCCAGAACGUCCCGCAGGGCGAGGUGCUGCCGCCGGCGCCCCCGGACGGGAGCGGAGCGGCGAGCUGUGAGGCGGCGGUGGGAGAGGCAGGGACGCCAGCGGCCGCUGCCGCCACCGAGGUAUGGGACGGCUUCAAGUGCAGGAAGUGCCAUGGGUUUUUGUCAGACCCCGUGUCCUUGUCGUGCGGCCACACCUUCUGUAAGUUGUGCCUGGAGCGCGGGCGGGCAGCCGACCGGCGCUGCGCCCUGUGCGGGGUCAAGCUCUCGGCACUGAUGGUGGCCGCCGGGAGGGCGCGCGCGGUCCGGCGAGCGCCGCCGCCGCCGCCGCCGCCGCUACGGGUCAACGUGGUGCUCAGCGGCCUCCUGGGCAAGCUGUUUCCCGGCCCCGCACGGGCGUCGCAACUCCGGCACGAGGGCAACCGGCUGUACCGCGAGCACCAGGUGGAGGCGGCGUUGCUCAAGUACAACGAGGCGGUGCGCUUAGCUCCAAAUGACCACUUGCUUUAUAGCAACCGGUCUCAAAUUUAUUUCACCUUGGAGUCUCAUGAGGACGCGCUGCAUGAUGCAGAAAUAGCAUGUAAGCUCCGCCCACUGGGUUUCAAGGCACACUUCAGAAAAGCACAAGCCUUAGCCACCUUAGGCAAGGUGGAGGAAGCACUAAGGGAGUUUCUGUAUUGUGUGUCCCUGGAUGGAAAGAACAAAAGAGCAAGAUCUGAAGCCCAGAGGGACAACCCGGAGCUCCCACGCUGUUCUAGUCAGGAGGAAGCAGCUGCGGGGGGAGACCGCGGCAGCCUGGCAAACCCAGUUAAAGUAGAGGGGGAGGGGAAGCAAGGCGACCAGAAAGGCCAGGCAGGAGACAAGGCGGAGAAGGGGGACGCGGCCUCUGCAGAAGCUGCCUCCACCAAGGCUGGCAAAUGCCACGAAAAGAAAAGGAAGCAUUGUCAAAUUGAAACCCAAGAUCCAGAGGUGCCUGCAAAAGCCUUGAAGCCAGAUCCUCUGGCUGAGCAGGGGGCCGAGGCUGCUGUCAGUGCUCCACUGCCAUCUUUUGUGGAUGCGUCUGACCUUGAAUGCGCCCUGUGUAUGAGAUUAUUCUAUGAGCCAGUCACAACACCUUGUGGACAUACAUUUUGUUUAAAAUGCCUUGAAAGAUGCCUAGAUCACAAUGCAAAGUGUCCACUGUGCAAAGAUGGUCUUGCACAGUGCUUGGCAUCCAGAAAAUACAGCAAAAAUGUCAUAAUGGAAGAGCUAAUAGCUAAAUUCCUUCCAGAAGAACUCAAGGAACGAAGGAGGCUUUAUGAGGAAGAAAUGGAAGAACUUUCUAACUUAAAUAAGAACGUGCCUAUUUUCGUGUGUACUAUGGCCUAUCCCACCGUUCCUUGUCCCCUGCACAUCUUCGAGCCUUGUUACCGCCUGAUGAUUCGUAGAUGCAUCGAGACAGGCACAAGGCAGUUCGGCAUGUGCCUUGGAGAUCCCGUCAAAGGGUUCGCGGAAUACGGCUGCAUCCUGGAGAUCAGAAAUGUGCAGUUCUUUGCUGACGGCCGCUCGGUGGUGGACAGCAUAGGCAAGAGGCGCUUCCGGGUCCUCCAUCAGGGCCACCGAGAUGGCUACAAUACAGCUGACAUUGAAUACAUUGAGGACCAAAAGGUUCAAGGAGACGAUUAUGCUGAGCUCAUGGGAUUGCAUAAUUGUGUCUAUGAGCAAGCGUCAUCGUGGUUUCAUUCGCUCAAAUCAUCUCUGAAGAAUCGGAUAAUCAGUCACUUCGGUCCCAUGCCAGAGAAAGAUGCUGAUCCCCAGGUUAACCCAAAUGGCCCAGCCUGGUGCUGGUGGACGUUAGCGGUUCUCCCACUGGAAAGCCGAGCUCAGCUCCCAUUCCUAGCUAUGAGGUCCUUAAAGGAUAGACUGAACGGCAUUCGGCGAGUCCUGGCCUUUAUAUCCCGAAACCAAAACUAGUGAGAGUGGAUUGCUGAAGAGGAAGCCCCACCCUCCCCACCGCCCUUGGGGGAGUCAUCUUGUAAAUAUAUCUAAUUGCAAUAACAUCUUAACAGAAGGAAGUAUCAAACAGGCAUUUCCUUGCUGUUGGUCACAGAGAGAAAAUGUGUAGAAAGACCAAAAGCAUGGGCCCUGUUUGAAACUUUCUGUCUUAAGAUGCUUCUUGACAUGCUGCACAACGACAUGCUCAGCAGAGGUGUUUAAAAGCCCAGAAGAAAAAAAUUCCUUUGAUUUCGACAUAAACUUUUCCGAAAGUUUAAAGUGGUUUUGCUUUAAUUUUCUUUCUUGCAUAGUUAAGUGUGUGGUUGACAUGUGACGCGCAGAUACUAAUAAUGUUGUGUUAUUUCACUGACUUGAGUUCUCAUUCCACAUGGUUCAGGUUUUAUACAGCAUUGUGUAAAAUAAGGUUCAUCGUUCUAUCCAUUUUAAUAAUUUAUUUUUUGCACUACUGUAUUUUUUUUCUACAUGUGUGUUUGUGACUAUUUAAGUGUAUGUUACCGAGAAGCCAGUUACUUUAUUUAUUAACGUGGUUUACCGUGUACCAAGGGGGAAGUAACAGUACUAGAAAUGUGCCAUUUUUGCUUUUAUCACAUGUAACUGUGAUUCUUAAACCAGUUCUCGAACGAUUUCCGGAUCUACCCCAUUGGAAGGUUAGAGGAAGUUCAGGGUCACAUAGAGAUUACUGAUCUUCGCAGGUUCCAUUUGGCUUUCAGUUUGAGUUCAACAAUAUAAGAUACGCAAGGGAUUUGGCAUACAUUAUGGAAUAAGCCAGGGUGAGGUAAAAUAAUCCAUUCUCUCUGUAUUAUAUGGAGUAGGGCUGAAGGAAUGACUUUCUUUCAACCAAGAGAUGAAUCUGAGGGGUGUCUUUCAGAACAAUCUGUUGUAGGCAUUUAUCUCAACAAUCUAAUUACAGUGUACCUCAUUUCUCCCCAGUGCAGUUAGGAGUGGGAUUCUGAGGCAGGAUGAUUUUUAACCCUUCAGAGGGAAUGGUUUUCAGUCUGGCACAUCAUAGCCCCCAUACCCCACCUCUUCGCAGGGUUCUGGGAAUCACGACUUCACUAGCACUCCUGCAAACACAUGAAGAAAAGCUCUUUGUUAUUAAAAUGCAAUGAAGCCAGUAGAAAUGGUAGAACCCUUUAAAAAAAACCAGAAAAACUAUCUUUUCGGUUUGUAAAA